UUCAAUAGACAAGCUGACUGCAGGGCAAGUUGUACAAGCGUUGUUCUAUGACGCGACAUUCAGUAAGCCUGUCAGUCAGUCAGUUUCCAGAAUGUCAACUGCACCUCGUCUGAUGGGCAAAGCCGAAUCAGGAGACUCCGUCGUUGACUCCCUUCUGAAGUCUUCUCACCAGUUCCGGAUAUAUGAGGUGCCAGAUGUCAAGCAACAUGUACCAAUUGUCUUCUUCAGCAGUGGCACCACAGGGACACCUAAAGGCAUAGAAGUGUCGGACUUCCACGUCCAACUUUCAGGAAUUCUUUUCGAAUCUAGAAGAGAAUCUUUACUUAUUGCCUCGCCUCUGUAUUGGUACAGCGCGUUAGGUACCUUGAUGAGUGCCAUUCACCAGAAUCACUCCAUGAUCAUCACCAACUCCAACGACGCAAGAUACAGAUUGAAACUUAUGGAAAAAUACAAGGUGGAAUCUUUUUUCAGCAACAUGGCAAACAUGAUCCAAUACAUAAAUGAACCAAUGUUUGAGGACUUUGAUCUAUCUUCAGUGAAAACUGUCUUAGUAGGAGGAGAGAUUAUUCUGCCUAGCGUCGCUCGCCCUUUCUUCUCCAAGGUGUUGAAGGGUCGAGCCAAGAUGGUGACCUUGUUUGGCAGCACGGAGGCGGGGGUCAUCAGCGAAAUGGUUAUCAAAGACAUGGAAAUGCAGAAGUUUGCCUUGGGUGCCUGUGGUAGGCUGGUCAGCGGUGUGGAAAUGAAGAUACUCGACGAGAGCGGGGCUCCAGUUCCUCCAGGGGUGAUGGGAAGGAUCUGGAUAAAGUCCCCGUGCACCAAGGGCUACUGGAGAAGAGAUGAUCUCAAUUGCAACUUCCUCGAUGACCAAGGGUUUUACGACACGGGGGACGCGGGUAUAUUUGACAGUGAGGGCAACUUAUACCUACGAGGAAGAAUUUGUGACCUCAUUAACUUCAGAGGAGAGAAGAUGUCACCAGCUCCAUUAGAAGACAUCCUGAUGGGUCACCCAGCCAUCCAGGACGCGGUGGUUGUAGGAAGGACUCACCCCACUGAUGGCCAGCACCCUACAGCCUUCGUGGUCAUCAGGCCGCAGCAUCAGGGUAAAGUGGCAGAGGAAGACAUCAGGACAUAUGUCGAUGUUCAAGUUGAAGACAAGAUAAGACUGCGAGGUGGAGUACAUUUCCGUGAGAGCCUACCUCGGGUUUCCAACGGCAAGGUGGUCAGAAAAAUGGUCUGAGUCGUGAUCAUCCUGUAGUACAAACUUAACAGAACUACAAGAGUGAUAAUUGGACAAGAACGACUAUAAGCACUUCAUCAUUGCCAUUUUACAUUCGUUAUGCAAUGCUGUGGGAUCCUUGCUUUGAAGAUAUUUCGUAGUGUUGAUUAACAUCUAACUGCAUCAUUAGAGAUUAGGAUAACCUACCUUUUCGUACUUUUUUUCGUACUUGUUACACAUGCUAGUAUUAAAGGUACAUUGUA